UCUCACGCACACAAAUCUGCCAUCAAGGUCAUCAGAAGGAUGCAGUAUUUUGUGGCUCGGCGGAAAUUUCAGCAAGCGAGGAAGCCGUACGACGUGCGAGACGUGAUUGAGCAGUAUUCACAGGGACACCUGAACAUGAUGGUUCGCAUCAAAGAACUCCAGAGAAGGUUGGAUCACACGUUGGGAAAACCGGGAAUGUUCCUGCCAGAGAAAGGUGUGGACAAAGAAUAUCAUACAGUUGGAGCCCGACUGAUUCGACUGGAAGAUAAGGUGCUUCAGAUGGAUGUCAAACUGGAGAACAUUUUGAAAAUCCUGGUCGAGCAUUUCCAACCCAAACCAGAACUUCUGCAGAAACCCAACCAGUACAGCUCUCGGGUGACCGUCAUGAAACGACUGGGUGUCAGUAUGGAUGAGACGCAUUGAGCAUCAUCAUAGACACGGACCAGACGCCAACUCACACUAUGUAAUGUGGGAAACAUGAUUCAUAGAGACGGAAAACUUUUGUUUUCCACUUCCUCUUUUGUAAGAUCAUCUGAGGACGACAAGAUCAGCUAAAGAAGACAAGAACUACAAGUGUAACUUGUAGGAUGUCAUUCAGGAUGCAUGUCAACAAUGUCUAAGCUUUUUAAACACUAUCAACCCUUUGCUCUUUAUUUUUUUAUUGCUCUGGUAUCACACCAGAAAAAAUUGAAACUGUUGUUUUAAGUUACUGUAGGUUUACAGUCGAGCUUCCACAACUCAUGUGAUCCAGUGGUGCUACACCUAUGUACGGCUCGUUUUGUUUAAGCACAAGAAAAUGUCACAUUUUGCAUCCACAACCGUGAUGCAGGGCUCACGGUACACGUUUGUAAAAUUCAGCAUCGAGCGCUGAUACGGAAACCCCAUUCACAAAGCACUUUGGUCCCAGAAAAUUUCUGAAAAAUGGUCAGAGGGGCUUCUGUGUGAACACAACACGUCCCGUAAAUGUCCUGGGAUUGCGUCCGGAAAGAGGACCUAGUAACAUUCACGGAAAGCAUUCUGUGUGAACAAGACGCAGAAACAAUGCCGUACGGGGCGUGCCAUCAAAACAAGAAAUUAUGGUUCAGCUCUUUAACACAGUGAUUUAAACGCAGAUCAACAUACACAACGAGAAAUGUUGGCAAACUGGACUGAAGCAGAGAUUAGAGAUCAUUCACCAGCAUGACAGAACAGCGCAUCACACGCGCCUUAUGAUCUUAUCAUAAACUAAAUGCAAAGAAAUUACGGAAAAUUAGCAAACUUCUGACAAUCUGGAAAAUACCUCACGUGUCUUUACGGGAUCUUUACUGUAUGUGUGUGAAUGCACGCAUUUCGGAAUUAUUAUUGGCAAUGAACCAAAAAUCAAAUCAUCCCGGGAUGCAUUUUCUGUGUAUUUUCCGUAAUCUCUGUGUAAAAAGGUCUCUUUUAACAGAGAACAUGUGCUAAUGGAGAGAAACCGACCAUUGAUGUACGGCUGUGGUAAAACUUCUCAAAACACCUCUGAUAGAUUCUAAUGAAGUUUAAUGGUGGGCUGUAAAAGAAGCAAUUUUAAGGCUAUUGAAAUUAUACAAUGUGCCAAGAAUGGCGGAUCUGUGAGAAUUUCAACCAUCCUACAAUAUCUUCUUUUCCUCUAAAGGAUCAUUUAACAUUUGUUUUAACAAAUUCUCGAUUGGUAAGUUAGGGUUGUUGGAAAUGAAGUCAACUGUUUUCCGAAAGUCUUCCACUGUUAUUAUCCCGAUCCAGUGACCACAAAGCCCUCGUGAGGAAGAAAUCGGCAUGAAUCUGUGCGUUUGCACGCAGUGGCUUUGAAUGCUGAUUAUCCUGAAUAAAGAGUCAUAUAUUUGAACAUUUCCUCAUUUCUUUUGCAUAAUAGAGGCUAAGUUUAUCUCUGGAUAAGUUUUUAUUUCCCUUUUUUGUAACUUUCAAGUAGUUUGAAGUGUUGGUGUGCAUGAGGGAAUCUCGAAGAACAGGACACGAAUAAUACCAAAUGCUACUGUUGACACGAUCCUGUACAGUUUUAUAAACAGAAGAUGUAAAUAUUGUAGUUAUGUCUUAUAUUUAUUUUCAUGUUUUGCUGAACGGUUUGGAUGAAUCUAAUGGACUGACAGCGGUGAUUUGUUUGUAAUCGCUCUAGAAAACAGUGCUGUAAAUAAAAGAUGUAUUUCAUUAUU